GCAGUCUUACUCGGGUGGUGAGCGCUCAGUGCUGCCGCGGCGCGACUUCUCCAGGUCCCAGGGGGUCAGGGGCGCAGCUGACAACAGGGGUUUCCCCGAUCGGGCCACUGGCAACAGGUAUUUAGGCUCGUACUUCCUUGAGGAUCCACACCUGCGGGACGUACCUGGUCUCCACAGGACGCCACGCCUGCCUCAACAGGGAGAAAAAAGCGAGCGCCGGCCUGAGGCUAAAGCCACCUGUGCUGCGCCUGCUACCACUGUGCACUCUGUGCGCAGGUCACCUAGGGGGGGACCAUGGACGCGUCGCGGGACAUCGGCAGCUUUGUGGUGUGGGACUACGUGGUGUUCGCAGGCAUGCUGCUCAUCUCAGCGGCCAUCGGCAUCUAUUACGCCUUCGCGGGGGGCGGCCAGCAGACCUCCAAGGACUUUCUGAUGGGCGGCCGCAGUAUGAGCGCUGUGCCUGUGGCUCUGUCCCUCACCGCCAGCUUCAUGUCUGCUGUCACUGUCCUGGGCACUCCCGCCGAGGUCUACCGUUUUGGAGCGAUAUUCAGCAUCUUUGGCAUCACCUACUUUUUUGUAGUGGUUAUCAGCGCGGAGGUCUUCCUUCCGGUGUUCUAUAGGCUGGGCAUCACCAGCACCUACGAGUAUUUGGAACUUCGGUUUAAUCGAUUCAUUCGUCUCUGUGGCACGAUCCUCUUCAUCGUUCAAACAAUUCUGUACACUGGGAUUGUGAUUUAUGCCCCUGCUCUGGCUUUGAAUCAAGUUACAGGAUUUGAUCUGUGGGGCGCAGUGGUGGCCACAGGGGUGGUCUGCACAUUCUACUGCACACUGGGCGGUCUUAAAGCAGUUGUCUGGACAGAUGUUUUUCAAGUUGGGAUCAUGGUGGCUGGAUUUGCAUCUGUAAUUAUACAGGCUUCAAUAACACAAGGUGGCAUCAAUAAGAUUUUAAGUGAUGCCUCUAAUGGUGGAAGAUUAAACUUCUGGAAUUUUAAUCCUAACCCUUUGCAAAGACACACGUUCUGGACAAUUAUCAUUGGAGGGACUUUUACCUGGACCACCAUCUAUGGUAUCAACCAGUCCCAAGUGCAGAGAUAUAUUUCCUGUAAAAGCAGACUCCAUGCAAAACUGUCUCUCUAUGUCAACCUUGUGGGCCUCUGGGUGAUCCUCACCUGCUCCGUGUUCUGUGGGCUUGCCCUGUACUCCAGAUACCAUGACUGUGAUCCCUGGACAUCUAAGAAAGUGUCAGAAGUUGACCAGCUUAUGCCUUAUUUGGUGCUGGACAUUUUGAAAAAUUACCCUGGUGUUCCUGGACUUUUUGUGGCCUGUGCUUACAGUGGGACAUUAAGCACAGUGUCCUCUAGCAUCAAUGCUCUGGCAGCAGUCACUGUGGAAGAUCUCAUCAAACCUCACUUCAAGUCUCUCUCAGAGAAGUCUCUGUCUUGGAUUUCCCAAGGAAUGAGUGUGCUGUAUGGAGCUUUGUGCAUUGGAAUGGCUGCUGUGGCAUCCUUGAUGGGAGCCUUGUUACAGGCAGCACUCAGCAUAUUUGGCAUGGUUGGUGGACCACUUAUGGGCUUGUUUUCUUUGGGCAUCUUGGUUCCCUUCGCCAACUCUGUUGGAGCACUCAUUGGUUUGUUGGCUGGAUUUGCUGUUUCUUUAUGGGUAGGAAUUGGAGCCCAGCUUUAUCCUCCACUUCCUGAGAGAACCUUACCAUUGCCCCUUGAAACCUAUGGUUGUAACAGCACACACAAUGGGUCAGACUGGGUGUCAACCACAGAAAUGCCGUUUUCUACUAGUGCUUUUCAAAUACACAAUGUGGAAAGGACUCCACUGAUGGACAAUUGGUAUUCAUUAUCAUAUCUGUACUUCAGCACUAUUGGAACAUUGACAACAUUGCUCGUGGGGAUACUUAUCAGUUUAUCAACAGGAGGAAGAAAACAGAACUUAGACCCCCGAUUCUUACUAACCAAAGAGGACUUUUUAUCCAAUUUUGAUGCAUUUAAGAAAAAGAAUCACGUUUUAAACUAUAAACUGCAUCCUGUGGAAGUUGGUGGAACUGAUAACCCUGCCUUCAACCAUGUUGAGCUGAACUUCACAGAUCACAGCGGCAAGAUCAAUGGGACUCGGUUGUGAAGCAUCUCCAGGGCUAGAUGCUAUUGUAUAAUGUCUGUUUUUUUUUUUUAAACAUGUUUUAAGAUAGUUGGGUCAGAUCAGUUUUUUCCCUAUCAUGACUAUUUUUGGAAGAUAUAUUUUGUUAAAACUAAAUCCCAAUUUGGUUUACUUUAUACACUGAUUUAUUGAUGCAACCCUGGAGUUGGGAGUUUCAACAUGAGCUCUGGUUGCAAAUAUUAUGACUACAUACAUGUGUGAAAGACAAAUGUGGAGAUACACACAUGAUAUUUGAUAAUCAAAGGCAUAUUCUUACAUUUGGGUAUUCCUUACUGAAAAUAUUUUACUUGCUUUUGGUGCUAGUAUGUAUGUUCUGGGAUCUUUACUAGAAUUGUAAAUCUUGGAAAGAGAUUUCUUUCCUCCCCCUACAUACUCAGUUUCUAGGCAGCAGGGCCAUGAGGAAGAGCAGAGGAUUUCUGUGAACUUUACUUCUGGAUCAGCCCAUGCUAUAACCUUGCCACUGAGUCUGCUUCUGAAUGGGCAAAUAGCAGCAUCCUGUCUAGGAGACCUUAGAGACCAGUGAUCAAGUUCAUCUUUAAUACAUGCUUGUGUCUGUUUUCCUCCCCUGAGAUUCCUGAUGAUUGGCCAAGUACAGUGCUUAUCGUAGACUAUAGACAAUUGACUAUAGAUUAUAGUUUUUAAUCUUCAUUCCCAAUUUCUGUUCUAUUAACCUUGCUUUUGUAGGGCAUGUUGUCUGUUCUUAACUAUUCCAGCUUCCUGCUUGUAGCCCUGGGCUUAGAUAUGCCUUGGGACACCCAGUAUAAAUCAUGUCACCUCUGUCCUUCAGUCCCCAGGCCCCAGCCUAUACUAACACAUGCUUCUUAUAUAUUGGGUAACCCAAAAACAUUAUAUAUUUGAAAAAUGUGAAGUCCCAUGGACUCACAUAAUUGCUUUUAGUGCUGUUAAGUUGAAUUACUAAUUCAUAUAGUUAAAGAACUAAAUUUUUUUUUCACGUGUUCCAGGUUACUAAAUACAUGCUUUGUUCUAUUUUCUAAGAUUUCAAGCAGUAGUUUCAAAGUUCUUAGCCAUUUAUUUGGCUAUGUUCAUAGCUACAACUUGUGUUACAGAGUUUCAUCAAUAACUUAUUUUUCUAUAAUACCCA